CUCUCUCAGCUCAACCACUUCCUCCCUGUUCACCUCGAAACCUAUUUUCUUCUCUUUUUUCUUCUGUUUCUUUAUCUGGUAUUCUCCAUUGAAGCUUGAAAGUCUGAACUUCUGAUUAAUUGAUUUUUAAGAAUCCUUAGGUUGAACAACUUAUCAGGAAACAAAUCCCAUGGCUUUCGAGCAGUAUUAUGCGAACGAGUGGAAAUCAAUCCCUGCUCCAGCAUCAGACUCAGAGAAUACUUCUGCCUGUUUUGAUUGCAACAUAUGCUUGGACUUUGCACGUGAUCCGGUUGUUACACUUUGUGGCCAUCUCUAUUGUUGGCCCUGCAUUUAUAAGUGGUUUCACUUCCAGAGUGACUCGCUGUCUUCGGAUGAACGCCCUCAAUGCCCAGUUUGCAAGGCUGAAAUUUCCCGAAAAGAUUUAGUCCCUCUUUACGGGCGUGGGGAGACACUGCCUGAAUCUGAGCCCGAAAACAAGCCCUCUUUAAAAGUACCUCCCAGGCCAGCUGCUGUUGGUCCAUUAUCCUUGUCGAAUUCCUUUAAUCCUUCUCAGCAACUACCACAUCCUAAUGCUUAUAAUCCGUAUACAAGUUACCUCAACCGUCCAUCAUCGCCUUCUUCGUUCAACCUUGGAAACGAUACAUCAGUGGGAGUCUUUCAUCCAGUUGUUGGAAUGUUUGGAGAGAUGGUCUAUGCUAGGAUGUUUGGGAACUCAGAGAGUUUAUAUACAUAUCCUAACUCAUAUCAUCUAGUUGGAAAUAGCAGCAGCUCAAGAUUGAGAAGACAGGAAAUGCAGGCUGACAAGUCUCUCAAUAGAAUUUCCCUUUUCCUCUUCUGCUGUUUUCUUCUUUGCCUAUUGUUAUUCUAGUUUCAUUGAGGCACUCUCUUUUGUCCCCCCCUCUUCAUCUUGUACAACACUAAUGUUGAUGAGCAUCAAGUCAUUAAAAAUCACAUGUGUGAGAUGAUAAUAAGCAAAAUUUUGACUUAAGUAUAGUGAGUUCAAACUUUGUACAUUGAAGGCAUAUUGUCCUAUUAUUUCCCCUUUCUUCA